UUGUCUGUUGGUAGCUAUACCUGGGUACGAUCCCAUGAGGCUAUGAGUGCAAGCAACUUUGGGGACAGCAUGGAGUGGGGCAGGGGGAGAUCCUCCUCCUCCUCGUCGGGGUCGGGGUCGGGGUCCAGGAGGGGCAAGAGAGCCGCCGCCGUUGACAAGCCGAGGCAACCGCAGCGGGGCCUCGGCGUCGCGCAGCUUGAGAAGAUCAGGUUGCAGGCCGAAAUGGCCGAGUACCAGCACCACCCUCCUCUCGUCGGACAGCCACCUCCGUCGUCGUCGAUCCACGGAACCGGUAGCUUCAACCUGCAGGAAGAUGCACGCUCGUCGUUGAACUACUCACUGCCGUCGUCGCCGUCCUCCUCCUUCCAUCCAAAUCUUGUGAUGGCCUAUAAUGGAUGGAGAUCAGGAGACAUGAGAUAUGGCGAAUCCCCAACUGCUCCCAUCAUCAGAUCAGGGUUGAAUUACCAUGGAGCAACUACCUAUGGUACAACACAUUACCCUCAUCCGGGUAGCGAUCACACGUUACCUCUCUUCGAACCCAAGCUGGACCUAAAUCAAAUGGCGACAGUAGACUCAUCGUCGGCGAGUACGAACCUGGAUGAUGUGGACCUUGAGCUGAAGCUAUGAUACCACCUUGUUAAACAUGUCCAUGCUCGUGGCAUAUGCAUCGAUAUGAUGCCACACGAACCGCGGUGUGUUUAAUUCUCAUGCAUAUAUUGGAUUGCGAUUGAUUUGGUGAUGGAUGCUGGCUAGCUAGCUAGUUAAUUUGUACAGACAUAAGCACACUACGGCCAUGGAUUUCAGAAUAUAUAUGGCAGCUGGUCUGCCUAGGCCACUGAUCCUGCUGCCUUUUGCACCUAGCUAGUGUUGUAUGAUGACAAGGUACGUAUAUUCUGGUGCAGUACUUUGGGCGUCGA